UUUUGAACAGAAAAUGUAUUUUAUUAAUAAAAGUAAAAUAGUAAGCAAUACAAUGCAAGAGAUGAAAUAGAAAAAAAAUGCAGUACAAUAAAAGAAAAAUAAAAGAAGAAGAAAAAACAAGCUAAACCCAAGAGAAAUCUGUAGACUGAGGCCUAGUCCUCAUGUUGUGGCGCCUUUUAUUUUUCUGAGAUUUCCUGUAAAUUUUGAGUUGUGUGUUUAAAUUGUCCGUUGGUAUGCAAUUUUUCGUGGUAAUGAGCUCAGAUUUGUAACAAAUUGCUUUGUUGAAUUUGGAGAUCCUUAUUUCUUUCUGGUUUGAAAUAGGAGGACGACAAUCACUUUCGGUUGCAUGACCUAAAAAGUCAUUUGAGAAGAAAGAGUCAUCACUAUGAUAGAAGCUGUCUGACGCGUCUGAGUAGGCUUGGGUCAGUGUCAACUCGAGUGGUAUCCCUGGAUAGUAGACUUGUUGUUUGUCGGGACUUACUGACUGGACUUAAGAGUUGAGAAUCAGUUUAGAGAUUGAUAUAGGAUCCUCGAUCUCUAUAGUAACCCUACAAAAUUAGAAAAAAUUAUGAGGAAUUUAAACAUGUCGUAUUUUUACGGUCCCACAGGAAUAUGAAUGGAGGUGCCCCUGUCUUUAGCCAUUUUCACGUAAUAUCCAAAGAAAUCUUGAUAUCUCCAAAUCGCCUUAUCUGUGUAAGGUUGGACUUAGAGUGUUUGAACUGGGAGAUGAACCGGAUGUUUUGAGAAGCAAGAUCAAUUUUGAAAUGAAUCUUGUGCAUCACAGAUUUUUUUAUUUCAAAAAGGACUACAUCUCCUUUUUUCUAACCGCAAAUUUGAAUAAUUUUGAUUCAAUUUUGACCGAAUCAAAACCUUCCUCUACGAAGAAUGAAAAAUUUUCACUAUCUAAGUUAGUGGUUAAAGCUGUCUCCAUCUGUAUUAUCCUAGAAGCGGAAUUUGAAUAAUGGUUCUUGAGAUUAUUUGUACAGGUCUCACCAGGCAGGGCCUUUGAACCUGUGGCUGAAAUAGCAGCUCGGUCCUUGUUGCUGAGAAGAGAUCCAGAGCUCAUUUUGUUUUUGUCAACGCGCAGGAGGUCAGCCCAUGUGCCUCCAGACUGAAGCUGUCCGUUGGUUGCCAGAGUAACCACAACGUUCGUGUCAGCUGGUGUCUCAGCCAAGCUGUCUGGCGAUGGGCCUGCUGUGCUUCGCAACUCAAAAUCGCCGGUCAUAAAUUGGGGUCGAUUUUUGGUUCUACGAUGAUGGUCAUGCCUACCCGUCGCUUUUUUUCUCAUUUGGGUCGGCGAUAUCUAUCUGCCCUGAGGAUGCGUUGGUCUCUGGGGCGACGACGCUUGUGGUGGACUGUGCACCAUGAGCCAUUAAGGAGAGACCGUACAUGCUUGAGUUCUCAUUCUAGCAUGUCCACUGAAACAUGGUCCGGGCUCUCACUGUCAACUUGACAAAUAAGAAAAAAGGUCAAGCGAACAAAAUUUGGAGAAUCAAAUGAAUCAAAUACCAUGUGUUGUGAGUCGAUUGAAAGCAAAAUAUGUUGGAAUAAUUUUCUCUCAAAUAGAUCAUGAUUCUAAACAGCAAGCUUUUGAAAUCACAUUGACGAAUGAGAAGGAAUUGCAAAAGGUGACCCAAAAUCCAGAAGAAGAUGAAGAAGAAGGGUAUCCCCACCAUUUCUUGAAGCUUUGAGGGAAACUCAAAAUAUUGAAUAGUACAAUAAAAUAUGUGAAAUUUUCAGCAAAUGUGAGGGUAAUUCAAAUGUACUUGUGGCGGCUGGAAAUAAACCGGGAGAGUAUCAUUCGGAUUUCUUUUCAUUCACAAUGUGCAGCAAAUUUCUACAAUUUUUUCCCUCACUCUCACAACAUAAAGCAAUGCAAAUCCGGAUAUUUGAUCAUGAAAAGAUUGUCAAAGUGGGUGGUCGGCGAAUUGAGCCCUUCUAUAAUCGUCACCGAGCUAGAAGUGUGAAGAAGAUGGGUCAUCACGCCCCGAACAUGAAAGACUGAAAUUGAGAUGAUGAGUCGAGCCACGACAAUAAAUACGACACUGCUUGGGAGGUAACCCAUGACAUGUGAGUAGUUUCAUAUUUUUCUUUGAUUUUUUUAAGUGGUGAGAAAAGGCACCCUAUUCUUCUUUUUCUUCACACCCCAAGCUCUAAAACCCCCAAAACCACCAAAGCUACACAGCUUUUCUUCUUCAAAUUCACCCUACCUUUUGAACCAAAUUAAUCCAAAAAAUCCCAAGACUUUCAUCUUUUCACUUCCCUCCAAUCUCAAAUCCUCUCAAAAUUCUUGAAACAUCUCACCCCACCUCUAGAAUUUCAAAACAAAACUCCAAGCAAUGGGAAUGGCGAGCACUAGGGACAAUGCUCGGUUUAGCAAGGAGGAGAAGACUCUUCAUUGUAUAUACGGUAUUUAUUCUACAUUUCUUUUUAAAAAAACCAAAAAACAAAAAUUAUAUAAAAACAAAAAAAGAAAGAAUUAAUAAAAAGAAGAAAUAUCAGUUAGGUUGAAAACUCGAAUGGGAAACCUAAGCAAUAUUGGCAAAAAAAUGAUGAGUGAGUCUAAGCAAAAAAAAAAAGAAAUGAGAGGCUAGGAAAAAAAUGAAAAGACUUCUAAGCAAAAUGAGAGAAAUGGCAGAAAUUGUUUUAAGAUGGAUUUGGCGAUACAAUGAACAAGAGGACCAUGAGAAACAUAGAAGACAAGUAAACCCAAGAUCAUGAAGUGUGUAGUGCAUAAGUGAAAAUAUUUCACUUUGUAAAACACAUUCUAUAAACAUUACUUGGUUGUCUUUUGCUUGUUCAUGUUUGUUUAAACUGUUGGAGAUACAGUGACUUUACUGGAGGAUGAGUAAAGAAACUAAGCAUGGAGGAGUUCAUAUUAUUGUAUUUUUAUUAUGUAUUAUAUUGCACUGUUAAUUAGUUUCAUUGUUGGUUAUCGCGGAAAUUACACAUUUUUGGUGUAAUUAAUUUAUUUUCCUAGAUGGAUGUAAUUUGUUUAGAUUAUGUUUAUUUUGAGCUUAAAAGGCGUCAAGAUCAUUCAAACGAUCAAGAUUGGACUCUAAAAGAUCAAGAAAAGUGCAAAGGGACAAGACAAAAAUAAGAUUAGGAAAAUUUUUCAUAUACCCGUUUGGUUCUAGGCAAUACACGAUCGGGUAUUGAGUUGAUUCGGGUGUAUGGCUCAUACCCGAUCGGGUAUGUUCGGAAAAGUGACUUUCCGGGAAACUACCUCAAAUACCCGAUCGGGUAUUCUAUAUACCCGGUCGGGUACCAAGCCAUGCCACUUCUAAACACCUAUAAAUACACCCAUUUUCCUUCCCAAUAAAAUCAUCAAUUCACAUAUACUCUUAAGCUCAGCUUAGUUAAGUAUUUUCUUUAUAAUUUCUAGUAUGUUUAGUCUUCAAAUGAGGAGCUAAACCCUUCCAUCUUGAUUUUGCUACAUUAAAGCUUAUUGAUUUGUAAGUUGUGAGUUAUUUUCUUUAAUCAUCUUCCUUGAAUAUUAAUUACAUUCGUAUUCAUAUUCCAUAUUAAUAUUUGAGCAUUACUUAAAGGAUCAACUAGUUUUGUUUCAUAUAUUAAUUAUUACUAGAAUCGAUCGACGAAUACGCUUGUUAAUCGUUCGCUCCUUUCAUGGUAGUAAACUUGGAUUAUUAAUACAUGUGUCUCAUGGUUAAUAAUCAAAGGUGAAUUAAUUAUACUCCCUCCGUCCCUUACAGCUUUGUCAUUUUUCCUUUUUGGGACGUCCCAAAAAACUUUGUCACUUUCCCUUUUAAUCAAUUAUUUUGUGGUUUCUGUUUUUUCUCUCUCCUCUGCACAAAUCUCAACCACACAGUUUUUACUUUAUUAUUCUCCGUGCCGGUCAACUUUGGCAAAGUUUUAAGGGACGGAGGUAGUAUUGAUUAAACCAACAAACCACUUGUGUUGAGGUUAUCAAUCUCAAUCGAUUUCAUCUUACGUUUUAUUGCUACUAUCGGGUCAAUAUAUGGCACAUGUUCUAUAUUCACUUGAUAGUAAGUUUUAUUGAGGAACACGUUUCGUUAUUAAUAACUACCCUUGAUGAAUUGGAGAUACUCCAUGAUUGAGUAUUCGAGAGGAAGAUAGUUAAAGAUAUAAUCGGGAUCGAUGAAAAUUUCAUUAAGUAGAAAAAAGCGAAACCAAGUCUCAAUCUCUAUUUUAUAAAACCACAUAAGUCGUUCAUCUUAGUGUUAAAUUAAUUGAAAGAAUGAUACUAUAUUCCUUUCCCCGUGGAUACGACACUAUACUACGUAUUAGUGCAAGUAUUGAAUUUUUUUUAAGCACACAAUGACUCUAGUGUCGUCACUCUACUAGCCGGUCUGUUGUCGUCUUCAAUUUGUACGUCCCCCUGUGCUUUCUAAACCCAAAGCCGGUGAAACCCUCUUUUUGUACUUGGGGGUGAGCACGUCGUCCAUCAGCUCUGUGCUCAUCCGCAAGGAUGAAGGGGUACAGAAGACAAUUUUCUACGUAAGCAAGACGUUACGGGAGGCCGAACUCAGGUACUCCCCCAUUGAGAAGACGGUACUGGCCAUCAUCCAUACAGUGAAAAAGCUAGGGCACUACUUCCAGACCCAUGUCGUCCACGUCUUAACUCAGCAACCCCUCGGCGCACUCAUGCAGAGCCCCACCAGUUCCUCAUGAAUGGUGAAAUGGGCGAUCUUCCUCAGCCAAUUCCAGAUCAAAAUUAAGUCGAGGUCAUCCAUCAAGGGACAGGCCUUGGCUGAUUUCGUCACCGAGUGCACAGCCAGGGAGACGGCCGCUACCACACCCGGGUCAGAGCCAGACGAAGCAUGGACUCUCUUCACUGACGGUUCAUCGGCCGCCAAAGCAUGUGGGGGCAGCGUCGUCCUCAUCUCCCCUGAAGGAUUCAAAGCCUAUUAUGCCAUCCGCUUCAACAUCAGGGUAUCCAACAACGAAACCGAAUAUGAGGCCCUCCUCAGCGGCCUUAGACUCGCCGCCGGCCUCAAAGCACGACACAUCAAAAUCAAGUGUGAUUCCAAUUUAGUCGUGGGCCAGAUCGAGGGCUCAUACGAGGCCAAGGAGGGGAGGAUGAGACAGUACAAGCAGGCGGCCGAGGAGCUGCUCAAGGAAUUUGAAACCCAUGAGAUCACCCAGAUCCGAAGGGCGGAGAAUGUUGAGGCUGACAUCCUCUCCAAGCUCAGCACAGACACUCCAGAGCACAUCUCCAAAAUAGCCAAGGUCGAGGAGCUGAGCAUGUCCAGCAUCCAUGCCAGCCCGGUCAUGUGCAUCCAACAUCGGCCGGAGGACUGGAUCACCGACAUCACAACCUUCACGUGCCGGCUGGGGGACGGAUUGGGAACGAGGAAAGAGCCAAGCUAACCAAACUCAGGGCCCCAAGCUACACCAUCGAGGAUGGGAAACUUUACAAAAGAUCUUACAACGACACUCUCCUCCGAUGCUUGCACCCAGAUGAGGCUGAAGUGGCCAUGGAGGAAGUCCACUGCGGCGUCUGCUCCUCAUAUCAGGGCCCUUUCAGCAUGUCCCGGCGUCUCUUCGUCCAGGGCUAUUUCUGGCCGAUGAUGGCGCGGGAUUGUGCCAAUCUUGCAAGGAAGUGUACUGCAUGUCAGGCGCUUCAGAAGGCCCCUGGUCGGCCAGCCGUCAACUACGCCCCGGUCAGCACUGCAAUCCCAUUCUCAAGAUGGGGAAUCGACCUGGUCGGCCCUUUGCCCAGAGCCGCUGGCAACGACCGCUACAUCAUCGUCGCCGUGGACUACUUCACAAAAUGGGUCGAAGCGGCACCUUUGGCCAGCAUUACAGGAGUCAGAUGCCAGAGGUUCGUCCACAAGAAUAUCCUUACCCGCUUCGGCGUCCCCAAAGAGAUAAUAUCCGACAACGGCACCCAGUUUGAGGCCGCACCCUUCCAAGAGCUCCUCCAGGAGUGGGGAAUCAAGCACCGUUUCUCCUCCGUUGCCUAUCCUCAACGUAACGGGCAAGUUGAGAACGCCAACAGAACCAUUCUGGAGGGCCUGAAGAAGAAGCUCGAGGACGCAGGAGGCAGCUGGGCCGAUGAGCUCCCCAACAUUCCGUGGUGCUACCGUACUACGCCGAGGAGGGCGACGGGCGAAACACCCUUUGCCCUUUGUUAUGGCUUCGAGGCAAAGGCACCAACAGAGGUCACUAUACCCAGCUGACGGGUGGAGCAGUUCUUAGGUUCGUGUUUACUGUUCACCUUCUUCUUCCUUUGCUGUUUUUCCAGAACUAGUUAAUCUUUUUUUGGGCCUUUGGAAUGAAGAAGCUAUUAGUGAAGUAGCUUCAAAAGUGGGUAUUCCAAUCACCACGGAUAAAAUUAACCAACAAGGCGAGAGAGACCAAUUUGCUCGUGUUUUGAUUGAAGUUGAUGCUACAAAAGAACCUAUUCUUGAGUUCAUGAUUCGUAUGCCGAAUGGGAGAAUGCAUAAACAACAUGUUUUUAUAAGACCUUUCCCGAUUAUUGCUACAAUUGCACUACUUAUGGCCAUCAUGCUUUCACUUGUCCUAAGCUUAAUGUUGUUGAGACAAAGGCCAUUGAUAAGGCACUGGAGAUUAAGAAAAAAAGGAUGGUAUGGAGCCCAGAACCAUGGAAGAGGAGUUCCAAGUGGUGAAACGUAAGAGGAACCGCAAGCCAAACCCUAAAGGAAAAGAAGUGGAUAAUACCCAACAUGGCAAAAACAAUGCCAAUGCUACUAGUGGUGGGCAUAUUUCUAAUAAAGAAAAGGAGGGCUCAAGUGAUGACGAACCUGUCUCUCAUAACCUCCCUCCACCUCGGCAUAUGCUUACGAAGAAGAAAGGGAGUGCGAAUCUGGAAGUGGUGGCUGGGGAAAAAGACAUAAUUAUGCCGGUUUUUCCUUUGCUCCAAAAGAAUAAUGGAAAACUGAUUGACCACAAGAAGAAGUUCCCGGUUCAAAAAUAUAACACAGAAAGUGAGUAGGAAUGGGAAGGAAGAAGACUCCUUAGCGUCCAUGAAAUGGAGCCGGAUGAUAUUGUCACUAAUUUUGAACCCGGUGAGGAGGGCGUACAGGUGGCAUACGUCAAGAAAAAGCAUCAACUAGAAAGCUACCUAAAGGUUGUUCGAAUUGGAAUGAUUUCCGGAAAGAACCGGAUCCGGAUGUCCCGGGAAUUAACUUUGUGGCAUACGUCAAGAAAAAGCAUCAACUAAAAAGCUACCUAAAGGUUGUUCGAAUUGGAAUGGAUUUUCGGAAAGAAUCAGAUUCGGAUGUCCCGGGAAUUAACUUUGUGGAUCCUUGUCAUGUCUCUCUCCCCGGUGGUGUGCGCUCAAAACAAUGGUAUGCCAUUAAUAAACUGAUUUUUAUUCCUAAAUUGCUAGUUUUUUUUUAUAUAAAUGCUAGGCACAACUUGAAGUUCCUCGCUAGGAAGGAAAAAGAGCCAAUUGGUGAAGUGUUGAAGAAGAAGAAGGCGCCUAAUGACACAGGCAACACCUCCGAGACCUUCAUCUCACUUGAUUUAUGUGUGUGCUUACUUGGAAUGUGAGAGGGCUCGGUAAGAUCUCAAAACAAAAUUCCGUAUUUAAUAUUAUGCAUACUAAUAAUAUUUCGAUUGCUUGUUUACUUGAGACAAAGAUGUCCACCAUCAGUUUUGGGAACAUGGUAAAUAAUAGAUGGCCCGAGUGGUUGUCUAUUACAAACUUUGACCAUAUCACCGGUGGUCGGAUGGGGAUCAUUUGGAACCCGAAUUUUAUUGAUUGUGUGGUUAUUGAGGUGGUGAAACAACAUAUCCACUGUAAGUGUAUCUGUAAAACCACCCAAUCCCUGUCCUUUAUCACUUUCGAUUAUGCUCUUUACAUAUUGUUGAGCGUAGGGGGCUUUUUGAGCAUCUUGCACAGGUUGGGAGUCUUAUCACCGAUCCUUGGAUGGUGAUUGGCGAUUUUAAUUGUGUUUCCUCUCCCACAGAAAGGGUGGGUUCACCCCCCCUAAUGCUUAUUUCAUGAAGUAUGUUAUUGACUUUAAAGCUUACGUCGGUGUUUGUGAUGCACCCUCUACCGGGGAGUUUUUUACAUGGAACAAAGGAACGCUAUGGGCAAAGCUUGACAGGGUCCUUCUAAAUUCGUUUUGGGCUCAAAAGAAUGUUGAUUGCAAGGCUCACUUUUGUGAGAUGGAUGCGGAAUUUGAUCAUACGGCCGCCGUUGUGACCAUGCUCCAAGAGUCUUCAAAGCGAGCUAAGCCUUUUCAAUUUUUUAAUAUGUGGCUUAAACACCAUGAUUUUUCGAACAUUUUGGCGUAGUUUUGGAAUCAACAUAUUGGGGGCACGGCACAAUUUUCUUUGUGUAGGAAGUUAAAGCUCCUUAAAGGGCCCCUCAAAUAGCUUAACAAAUAAGACUUCGGCCAUAUUUCUAGGAAGGCGAAGGAAGCUAAGGAGGAGUAUAAAAGACUCCUUAAACUGUCCUUAACUUCCCCUUUGGAUGAGGAGGUCACUAAUGAUCUUAUGCUUGCUAAGAAGAGAUCCAUUUUAUUGAAAGAAGUCGAAACUAGCUUCUAUCAACAAAAAGCAAAGCCCACUCAUAUUUUGGAAGCGGAUAAGAGCUCCAAGUAUUUUCAUGCCAUCGUCAAAAGGAAUACGGCCCCCCUUUUAUUUGUCCUUUGUCUUGAAUAUUUUUCAUGCUUGGUGAAGAUGAAAACGAAGGUUUCGGGGUUUAAUUACCACCCCCUUUGUUCCUCUCUGUCUAUUACACAUUUGACAUAUGCCGACUAUCUUAUGCUAUUCUCAAGGGGCGAUGUUCAUUCUAUCAAUAUCUUGGUGAAAGCUCUUGAAGAAUUUGGGGACACUUCCGGCCUCAAAAUUAACCAUGGUAAAUCUAGCAUUUUUAUUGGUGGUGUUUCAGACUAUGAUAUUUCAAAUAUCCUCGACUUGGUUGAUUUUGGACGAGGGACCUUCCCCGUCAAGUACUUGGGUAUACCGUUUGCCCCUCUUCGGGUUUCUGUUGCCCAAUACUCUCCACUAUUGUCUUGAAUAAUGGACUUCUUUAACGGCAAGAGGGACCUUCCCCGUCAAGUACUUGGGUAUACCGUUUGCCCCUCUUCGGGUUUCUGUUGCCCAAUACUCUCCCCUCUUCGGGUAUCCGACAAGAGGAUCCGAUGCCCCCCUUUUAUUUGUCCUUUGUCUUGAAUAUUUUUCAUGCUUGGUGAAGAUGAAAACGAAGGUUUCGGGGUUUAAUUACCACCCCUUUGUUCCUCUCUGUCUAUUACACAUUUGACAUAUGUCGACUAUCUUAUGCUAUUCUCAAGGGGCGAUGUUCAUUCUAUCAAUAUCUUGGUGAAAGCUCUUGAAGAAUUUGGGGACACUUCCGACCUCAAAAUUAACCAUGGUAAAUCUAGCAUUUUUAUUGGUGGUGUUUCAGACUAUGAUAUUUCAAAUAUCCUCGACUUGGUUGAUUUUGGACGAUGGACCUUCCCCGUCAAGUACUUGGGUAUACCGUUUGCACCUCUUCGGGUUUCUGUUGCCCAAUACUCUCCACUAUUGGAUACUAUAAUGGACUUCUUGAACGCUUGGAAUGCAAAAUCUAUAUCUUAUGCCUGUAAGCUCGAACUCAUUCGAUCGGUUGUACAAGGCUUACAAUCUUUUUGGCUUCAGGUUUUCCCGGUUCCCCAAGCUAUUUUGGACAGGAUCGUGUCUAUUUGUAGGAUUUUUGUUUGGGGUGGUAAGUAUGCAAAAGUGUCAUGGGAUGACAUUUGCCUCCCAAAGAAUGAGGGUGGCCUUGGAAUUCAUUGUGCUAAAGUCUGGAAUGAGGCUCUUCUUGCGCGUACUCUUUGGAAUAUUCACAAAAAAGAAGACACCCUUUGGGUCCGAUGGGUUAAUGGCGUUUAUCUUAAAGGAAAAAGUGUGUGGGAUUUUUCCCCACACAACCGGGACUCCCAGCUUAUGAAGAAGCUUUGCCUUAUUCGUAAUAGGAUCUCCCAGAAAUUCCACAACACCAACGAGGCUGUUAUGACUUUGAACAAUAUGUGUAACAACGACAAACUCAUCUCGGCAAAGGUUUAUGAUUUACUACGCACUAAGGGGACGGCUAGACCUUGGAUGCCUUUUAUUUGGAAGGGGUACAUUCCCCCUAAAUUCUCUUUCAACGUUUGGCUUGCUUUCCGGAAUCGGUUACCAACUCAAGAUAAUCUUUCCUAUCUUAAUAUGGUUAACUGGUGUGACCUUUGUAAGGGUAGUUUAGAAACUACACCACACCUUUUCUUUGUUUGUUCUUUUGUGUGCAGUAUUUGGACGAAGAUAAGGGACUGGAUUGGGAUUACAAAACAGAUGACCACCUUGGAGAAAGCAAUCAAGUGGAUUAGGAAAGACCAUGAAGGUGCACUCAUCAAAUCAAAAGCAGUUCGCUUGGCUUUUUGUGCGACGAUUUAUUGGGUUUGGCAUACUAGGAAUGCCUAUCGCUUUGAUGAUAUUACGAAGACUGAAGACGAUGUGGUAGCAAAGAUCAAGCACGUGGUUUACAAGAUCCUCUACAACAUCUACCCUUAUGAUUUGAUCACUUUUUUAUUUCUUUAGCCACAGUUAGUGUAUGUUCUUUUGAACUUUUGGUGUGUGCAUCUUGCAACACCCUCUUAUGGCUUUUUUGUCUUGGUUGUUUUUUGGACCGACCCUUUAUUGGGUGUGUCUUGCCUGAUUAGAUGGUGAUCAACCUUGUUGGUAGGUUGCCUUAUAGUUUUGGACGCAUGUGUACAUGUUAUUUUUCGGAUGAUAUAUAUUUACAGGUUCGUCCAAAAAAAAUAAAAAGCAGGGAGAGGUCUCACAGGCUCACGGAUUCAUAGUAGUAGAAUAGUAUAAGCUUGAGAAGAAUUGGAUAUGGCCGAGCUGCAACAGAACCUUUGAAACUUGAAAGAGGUUGAUGAUUAUAUUGAUUGCAUAAAACAUUUAAACAUCAACUUUGGACUUUGGAGGAAAAAAUGUCAAGGUGUCGUCUAUUACGAACAUGUGGAACUUCAUUCUUAGCAAUAGCUCAAAUUAUCUGCAAAAGAAUGCAAGAGCUGAAGGCGCCAAUAGGACCACUGUCAAAGAAAAUUAUAUCUUUAUCAACUUGUGCACUUCCCUUUAAAUAUGGAUUCCAAAUCCAAUGGCUAUCAAUUCUCUUGUAUAUAGCAGAUGAAUGUAUCCUGAAAUCCGAGACGAUAACCGAAACGGCUUUUCCUCGACUAACACCUAUAUUCGACAAGAUUCACGAACUCGCCAAUGUGGUCGACCGCCUUCCGACAGUAUUCGAAGCGACAUUAAUGAAUAAGUUCCCAGUACUAAUGCACCGGGUGCCAUUUCUUGAUUGGGCAUUAGUCCAUUUGAUAGCAUGGCUAAGUUUUCUGGUUUCAGCUCUCACUCAUUGGGGUUCUAAAAACACGAAAGAAAAGGAGAUAACCGUUGACAUGGGUUGUAAUGACCGUAACCAUGUCAGACGCACUAAGAAAACCGAGAUUAGUGCGUCUGAGAAUGCGUCAUUCCAAACACAUGAUUCACCAUUUCCCGCUCUUCAAUGCACAAAAGGCAAACGGGGACCGGUAAUGGUAUCAAGUCCAGAGAGUUCAUCCCCGUCGGACAGUACUAAAAUGGAUUGUACAGAUAUGUCUAGUAUGAAUGGAUCAGGAAAGUGCAGCUACAAGGAAGUUCUAACUAAAGGGGUGAAAGAUGGAGACAGUGAAGUCUUUAAUAAUGCUAAAGUAAAGAAACAUGGAAUCGUUCCUCUGGACAAUUAUCUUAAAACCAUGAGCUAUGAAGAAGAAGAAGACAAGAGAGGACUACAUGUACCCAGUGAUCAAGAUAGUGUCCAUAGAAACAAGAAAGGGAAGGUGGAGAAAGAUGAAAUCUUGCAACUGUUUGACACUAGCUGGAGUCUAUGUUGACCUAAAGGGAUUUUGCCAAUGCCACCAAGUGUCAUAUAGUGUGUGUAAAUUAAUAGAUUAGAUAAUGUAACAUUAUCUAGUUUUGUAAUUAUAGGACAGCUUAUGUAUUUAAGCUAUUGACAUUAAAAUUAACUGUCAAGUCAUGAUCUUGAUAUUUUAGAAUGUAAUCACAAAUUUUAAUAUUAGCUCCCACUUCGAUGCAAUGUGAAACAAUAGAAUUCUUG